CAGUUUCUGUCCACCAGCAGUUCAACUGGCGCCGGAAUUCGGAGGACCGCAGAAAGCGACUGCGCGUCGGACAGACGGCAACAUCGCAAUUCGCAGCUGCUGCGGCAAGUGCGGGCCGGCUAUAAUAAAACAACUCUGAAGGAAGGUCGAGUAUGUGAGUAUGUGUUUGUAUUUACUACACCAGAGUUUUCUGCUUUACAGGUGCCGUCAGUACUGCGCAACAAACGGACCUGCGCGCGGCAGCCUGCGCCAUUACAAUUAUUUUUGCAGACCACACUCCCGAAGAGAGAGCAAAAGUGCAUCGAGGAACUUAGAAGAAGGAGGCCGCAGCUAUAGACAAACCUAGAACACAGGUGUGUGCAGUGAUGUGGUACGUUUUAAUCCAAGAGCUACCCCACCACUGCCCAAUAAGAUAUGCAUGAUCGGCAAGAUGCUACACUAAAACGUUUUCUGGCCUUCCAGUCUACAAUUUGUUGAUACAAGUUUGUUUGGGUAGAUUUACACCAAGAGUAAAAACUGGGUUGAAAAGUGUGUGUGUGUGUGUGUUGAGCAGUCAGCUGGAGAGAUGGGGGCAUGCGACAAUAAGAAGCAUUGGGUCAACUGAUAAUGCAGUAUAUAUAUACACAUCAUGUUGAAAGCUUUCCAUAGAGUCUGUAGCAGAGCAGUCUAUUGCCAGUGUCCAU